AUGACGACGAGAGGAGGCAGAUCGGAGAAAGUAAAGAGGAUUUUCCAGCAAUUCGACGGAAACCGCGACGGCGGGUUAAACCGGGAAGAGAUGUCAUCCCUCGUCGUCUCCGUUAACCCUAGAGUGAAAUUCAUCGACGAGCAGAUCAGCGCGAUCCUCGACGAAGUAUUCCGAACCUACGCCGAAUUCAUCGACGGUGACAAAGGAUUAACCUACGACGGUCUUCUCCGAACUUACGACGACGGCGCCGGAGACGUCGAUCGCGAUUUCGACGCUCUAGGAAUCGAAUUCACCGCCGCCGACGAGACAAAGCGCUCGGAAGCUUCGUCGUCUUCGAUCACCGACGAGAGAGCCGUCGAAUCACAGAAACAGAGAACCGCGGUUUCGCCGAACCACGGAAUCGUAUUCGACGACACGUGGAAGCUCGUCGACGACUUGGAGAGUCUCCUCAAGAGACUGAAAUCGAAAGACGGGAAAUUGAAAUCCGAUAACAACAACAACAACAACAACGUCGACGCUUUCUCCGACGCCGGAUGGUCUAGAGAGCUAGGUCCGUCUUCAGAUAUCUCCGAUAAGAGAAUCAUCGUUACACUCGAAGAAUCAAGUCACGAUUACACAGUCUUCGUCAAAGAAUUAGGAGUCCUGAGAAGCAGAGCAGACGGAGCUAGGUCAAAGGAAGAAGCUUUCGACGGACACAUAGCGAUUGGUAAAGUCUUGCACGAUCACCAGCUCUUCAAAGAAGCUCUCGUCAGCUUCAAGAGAGCUUGCGAGCUUCAGCCAACAGACGUGAGACCUCAUUUCAGAGCUGGCAACUGUCUCUACGGUUUAGGGAGGUUUAAAGAGUCGAAAGACGAGUUCUUGCUUGCGAAGGAAGCUGCAGAGUCCGGUGGUAGUAGUCAAUGGAGUUACUUGCUUACACAGAUUUACGUCAAUCUUGGAAUCGCACUUGAAGGAGAAGGUAUGGUUUUAAGCGCUUGUGAGUAUUACAGAGAAGCUGCGAUUCUCUGUCCAACGCAUUACAGAGCGUUGAAGCUUUUAGGUAGUGGUUUGCUCGGUGUUGGUGAGUGUAGAGCCGCUGUGAAGGCUUUAGAGGAAGCUAUAUUCAUGAAACCGGACUAUGCGGACGCGCAUUGCGAUUUGGCUUCGUCGCUUCAUGCGUUGGGUGAGGAUGAGAGAGCGGUUGAGGUUUUCCAGAGAGCGAUAGAUUUGAGGCCUGGUCAUGUGGAAGCUUUGUAUAACCUAGGAGGGCUUUACAUGGAUCUAGGUAGGUUUCAGAGAGCUUCUGAGAUGUACGCUAGGGUUUUAGCCGUGCGGCCUAAGCAUUGGCGAGCUCAGGUUAACAAGGCUGUGUCUUUGCUUGGAGCUGGAGAGAGUGAAGAAGCGAAGAGAGCGUUGAAGGAGGCUCUGAAGAUGACUAACAGAGUUGAGUUGCAUGACGCGAUCUCUCAUUUGAAAGAGUUGCAGAAGAAGAAGAAGGUGAAUGAAGAAGGUCCGUUCGUCGUUGUGGAGCCUUCUAGGUUUAAGACUGUGGGAGAGAAGACGACUCUGAGACCUGAUUUAGCGAUAGCUAUUGAGAUUAGAGCCUUCCAGAGAGUUACAAGGCUUGGGAAAUGCGACGUUGAAGGGAUAAGAAGAGAGAUGAGAAGGAACGACGUUCCUGUGUCUUACUCCGGGAACGGAAGGCCGACGAAAUCUAUCCGGAAACCUAACUUGGAAGAGAUUCUCCGGCGGUUGUUGAACGUUCUGAAACCGGAAACGUUCCAAGGAGCGGUUAAGGCUAUUAACGAGAAGAUCUUGUCGGUUCUUGAUGAUUCAGGGUCGGGAAGAGUUGAUUUAGGUUUGUUCUACGCGGUGGUUGCUCCUUUGUGCGGUGGCCAUCCGGAUAAACGGAAAAGAGUAGCGUUCGAUGCGCUUCUUUGGAGACCUGUGAACGAAGGAGGAAGCUCUCAGAUUACGAGAAGGGAUGCUGUCAAGUACAUCAAGCUUUUGAGAGCUAUCUACAUACCGUCACAAGGUAUGAGCGAGAUGUUGGAAGUUCAUGGAGAAGGUGGUGAUGAUACUUCGUCGUCGACGGUAACGUUCAGCGAGUUUCUUGGGAUGUACGAUGAUUUGGAGUGGGGGUUUGGUAUCAUGUCGACGGUUGUGAGACUAGAAGCGAGAGAUAGGAAUCGACAUGGGAACCAGGUUUGUUCGGUUUGUCGGUAUCCGGUUAUUGGAUCUCGGUUUAAGGAAGUGAAAACCGGGUUUAGUUUGUGUAACCAGUGUUACAGUGAAGGGAAAGUUCCUCCGACGUUUAAACAGCAGGAGGAAUAUAGGUUCAGAGAGUAUGGGAGUGAAGUUGAAGCCAUGAAAGCUAAGUGUGUUUGUUUUUCAAUGCAGUCUCAUAAAAAACCGAUUGCCACUUAG